AUGGGUGGUGGUAAAAUACUGUUUGACAAGUAUGAGAUGGGGAAGUUAUUAGGCAAAGGUACAUUUGCAAAAGUUUAUCAUGGAAAAGAAAUGGCCAAAGGUGAGAGUGUAGCAAUCAAGGUUAUUUACAAAGAUCAAGUCAAAACAGAAGAAAUGAUGAAUCAGAUCACCAGGGAGAUCUCUAUCAUGAGGCUAGUUCGACAUCAGAAUAUUGUCGAGAUCAAAGAAGUUAUGGCAACAAAAACCAAGAUUUAUUUUGUCAUGGAGUACAUAAAAGGUGGUGAACUAUUCACCAAAGUAGCCAGAGGGAGGCUGAAGGAAGACGUGGCUAGAAAGUAUUUCCAGCAGUUGAUCAGUGCUGUGGAUUUCUGCCAUAGCCGUGGCGUCGUUCAUCGUGAUCUAAAGCCUGAAAAUCUACUCCUUGAUGAGAAUGGGGAGUUGAAAGUUUCAGAUUUUGGCUUAUCAGCCUUGCCAGAGCAGCUGAGAAAUGAUGGUCUUCUUCACACCCAAUGUGGAACUCCAGCCUAUAUUGCACCUGAAGUCUUGAGGAAAAAAGGAUAUGAUGGUGUAAAGGCUGAUUUAUGGUCAUGUGGAGUUGUGUUAUAUGUUCUUCUAGCUGGAUUUCUUCCUUUCCAGGACCAAAAUCUCAUGAAUAUGUAUAGGAAAAUUUUCAAGGCAGAAUUUACAUUUCCUCCAUGGUUUUCCAUGGAAUCGAAACGUUUGAUUUCAAAACUCUUGGUUGCUGAUCCGGCAAGAAGGAUCAGCAUUCCGGCUAUAAUGAAAGCUCCAUGGUUUAGGAAAAAUUAUUCUAUGACUAGUUCAUUCUCAGUUAAAGAAUUCACGAUCGAAAAGUUUGAAGAAGAAGAGGAACAUGUUAUGAGAGGUGGCAUGAGGAAAUCACCAUCUUCACCAGCAUUAUUGAACGCAUUCCAGUUGAUCUCAUCAAUGUCUACGGGCUUUGACUUGUCUAGUUUAUUUGAGAUCAAGGGAAAGUCCGGAUCAAUGUUCACUUCUAGAUGUUCAGCCAAUGUUAUUAUGACAAAGAUUGAAAUGGUAGCUAAAAAACUGAACUGCAAAAUUGCAAGAGGAAAGGACUUCACUUUGAGGUUGCUGGCUCCAUUCGACGGUCGGAAAGGGCGGCUGUUGGUGACCGCCGAGGUGUUUAAGGUUGCGCCAGAGGUGGCCGUUGUCGAGUUUUUGAAGUCCUCCGGUGACACGUUGGAAUAUAAGAAGUUCUGUGAAGAGGAGAUCAGACCUGCCCUAAAGGACAUUAUUUGGACUUGGCAAGGUGACAAUGCAAUGCUGAACAAGAAUGGCAAGGAUGACCUGCAAGAAUCAAUUGUAGGUUAA